UCGCUGCGAAGUCUCGCGAGAUUUGAGUUGUUGCAGGAAGAAAUUGGUGUAGUCCUGCACGUUUGUUUGUAGGAGUCCAGAAAGUGCAGCUGAGUGUCAUCUGGGGUUUAAAAACAAACAGACAAUGGUUCGUGGUUGUGUGUUUCCGAACUGUAGCAACAAGAUGACGAGAAACACUCCGCAGAGCUUCCACAGACUACCUGUAGGAAACAGGAGCGUCCUGAAGAAGUGGCUGGGUGUGCUGCAAAUGGACACUGACGCCUCCGUUCACGCACUGCGCCACGCAGACUACCGCGUCUGCAGUGACCACUUCGAGCGGGAGGACUACUGUCAGCCUCACAGGAGAAGACAUCCCAUUCCCAAACACUUCUUCCUGAAGAAGUACGCUGUCCCGAGGGUGAAGGAGCUGACUGACGGGCUGGAGACGUCCUCUGGAACGCUGGCGGUCGGCGGCGCUGCUGCUGCAUCAAAAGCGACGUCGUCCUCGGUGGUGUCAGGAAAUGGAAACUGGGACGGUGCUGGUGGGAUGGACCAGAUCACAGUGGUGAGAAUAGACGACACACACAUUGCGGAGGAGCAGUCUCAUGACGCGGGGAAGGGUAAAGACGAGUUUGCACAGUACUACGACAUGGAGUACUCGGUGCCCGGCGAGGACGAGGUGGAGGAAGAGGAAGACAGCGUGUUUGUCAUUGAGUACUCAAAUCCUGAAGAGGAGGGAGAGAGCUACCAGUUCACCAUGUCUGUGGACAGAUCGCUGCCCGCCAAAAAGCCGGCAGACAGACAUCCUGUGGUCAGCGACGACGCCAGACCUCCUCUACCUGUGGCGUCCAAACUGUCGAGGCCACAGAGGCCGCGCCAGCAGCUGCCGCAGAAGAGGAAGCUGAUCUCAGCGGGGGAGGUUAAAACGGAGGAGGUGAGGAAGGAGGAGGUCAUCAGCAAUAAGAGCGUGUUGGAGCUCGGAGAGAACUACAGCGAUGUGAUGGAGAUGAAUUCCGGCGCAGGUAAAGGACUGAUGUGCACGCUGUGCCCGCCGCCCGGCCGGCUCUUCAAGAGGGGCUCCGGUCUGGCUGUGCAUUUAAAACAAAUGCACCUCAUGGUGGAGAAGAAGACGUUCUUCUGCACGUGGUGCCAGCAGAGGGUUCGCUCUCAGAUCGAACUGGACGCGCACACAAAACGCCACGCCAACCAGGAGGCGGUGUUCACCUGCCACCUCUGCCCGGCGGAGACGGAAGACAAACCGGAGGCGGGGCCGUACAAAGGGUCGAGGAUGGGUCUGAAGGCUCACCUGGAGAAGGCGCACCCGGGCGUCAUCCCCCGCUGUGACAUCUGCAACAAAGGCUUCAGGUCGCUCGUGUCGUACCUGGCCGAUCAGUUUAGGCACGUCGGCAAGUCGCCGUACUACUGCGGCAAGUGUCAGAUCUACGAGAUGACGGAGAGGGGGCUGAGCGUCCACAUCAAGAACCACAACAAGAAGCAGAAGCAGCAGGAGGAGUCUGCUGGAAACCACCUGCCGCCAUCUGAAGUCCCCGCCGCCGCCGACAACUCGGCCACAGACGACUCUGACUUCUGACACGUUCGGUCUCUCGGAUGAAUUCUGCGAUUUUAGACUAAAGCAGCAGCAGCUCAGCGACCUCCUCUUCGUCAGAACCAUGUCUGACGUUUAUGCAUCUUUGACUGAACUGAACUGAACUGAACUUUGAACGCUGAUGUUUGUUUUUCAUCAACUUUAGGAACUUUUUCUCGUGAUCACACUCUUAUUUUAAAAUUUGUGCCAUGUGGCGGAGACAGCCUGCGUCUUCAAGAUGAUUGGAUGUUUGUUUUCUCCGCAACUUCAUUCAAAGGAAAAGAACCAAUCAUGAUGUUUGUUUACAGUAACCACUGCAUCAUUACAUCCUUUCUUUAUGAUACUAUUUCAAAGUGUAAACAUCUAACAUCACUCAGUAACGUUAGCUUGACCUCCUUUACCUGUCGGGCUACAGGUGCUUGUUUUUGGUUUUUAAGUCCAUUUUGAAACAGGAAACAGUGAAGUGGUCAGCUGGUAACAAACAGCCAAACAUUACACGAACGUGUCUGAAAACAUUUUUACAGAACAGAAACAAUAUGGUGACAACGUCACAUUCAUCAUCAUCAUCAUCAUCAUCAUCUCUUAACUGCAGCUCAGCUUUCCACUAAAAUAUGUUUGUGGAUGCGUGUGAGGCAGAACCGGGCCGUGAGGCAGAACCGGGCCGUGCAGCAGAGGAACAUGACAGAAUCACACACACGAUGAUGAUGAAGCGCUUUUUUAAUCUUGAGGAAGUCAAGAGGCCUGAAUUGCAUCGACACUAUCGAGUAUCGUAAAGUGUCUUUCGAUACCAAAGGAGUUAACGGUGAUCUAACGGUGCUGGUGAUUGGCUGUCUCGACGCAUGCAGGAAAUACGCGAGGAGACGCUAAACGUUCAUGGGUCGAACGUGUAGUUUCCUCUGUUUUCCAUUGAGAUCACGAGUUAUUAAUGUCAUUGUCAUCCUCAAAGAAAACCACAUGAACUCUUUAUGAUUUCUUGCCUUUAACACUUGGUGCUAUUUAGUCUGAUUUUAAAUCAGUGGCGACACUAAAGAUGCCGUGUUUUCAUGCUGAUGUCUGAAACACGAGGCUUUAAGGAACAAGAGGCAACAAGCAUUAAGUUUUCUUGUGAUCAUGAAUUCUUGUAUCUUAUCUGGGGAAAAUGAAGCUUGUUCUGUCGAGAUCCAGAGAAAACCGUCCUGCUGUCUGAGGAAGACGGCGCUCGUUACUGGGAACAACAGAGGAAAUAACAUGUUGAACCCAUGACGGUCGUUUAAUACAAUCUGAUGUUGAUUUUGAACAAACCUGCAGCAUAAAAUAUGAGAAUUUCUUUGUGCUUCUUUUACCUCGUUUGGCAAAUAAUGUGACGGAUCUGCAGGACUCAGAACUGAAACCUUUAGGAUCUUUAAAUCAAGUGAGUUUAACCAAACAAACCAUGAAAUGACUUUGUGAACGUUUCUCCUUCAACUCUGCAGUGAAGCGGCUCAUUAAACCUCACAGCUGAUAGGAAAGAGCUGAUCUGUGACGAUGUUUUUGAUUAAAUCAUUAAAAUGUUUUAAAAUAGCACAAAAAAGCCUGUUAAAGCUCCUUGUGACAUCCUCACGUGUUUUAUUUUGUCCAGCCGAGCAUCUAAUAUUCUGUUCAUGUAAAGCAGAGAACUCUAAUGACUGUAAAUAAGACUCAGGUUGUAAAAGAAAAACCUCGGUCGUCGGCGUCGAUGCUGCAUGUGUGUGUACAUACUGUAUAUUCUGUAAUACUCCUGAGUUACUCCGGUGACGGCAGAGGACGGUGAAUCCUCCUCAGCGCUCUGAGAGACACAUCGGAUCAUCUCCAUGAUGUUUGUGUGCAGACUGACUGAAAUACUUCCUGUCCACAUGUUUGACUUCUUCACUGAACGGCUGCAGGUUUCGUCCAGCAGAGAGGAACGAAGUGACGAAUAUUAAAGUAUAAAAGUAUGAACUGGCUCCGUCAGUGUUGGAUGUGUGAAUGUACACAUGAAAGUCUGAUUUAUUCCCGUUUUACUGCCGACAUCUUCCAAAGCACAACUCAGCUGUCGAGUUUAUCCAUCACACGGUUUCUGUGAAAAUGAGCUUCUAUGAGAGUGAAUCCAUCGCAGGGAUCAGAAUCCUUCUGCAUCCCACUUUUACUUUAUUUUUGUUUUUUUAUCCAGCCGUUAAUAUUUUUUAAAACACAGAUCUCCUGAUUCAUUUUCUGCAAGAUUUAUCAUCACAUGUUCACGUACAGAUAAAUGUGAGAAUUCUGCAUUAAAGUGUUUGAAAACUA